CAGCAUAUGACUCCAAGACAUAUGUGAUAUAUUAUUUAAUGACGAUAUUGCUUUAUAAUAAUAUUGAUUCAUAAGCAAAAUCAUUAAGAAUAUUGUCAAUGAUUUCCUUAAUAUUUCAGCUUUUGGUACUAAUGCGUAUCUUCAGACCAUCUGAGUCAUAUUGUAAUAUUAAUAAGGAGAAAUCCAAGUUGUGUUGUAGAGAUAUAAAUCUCAUUCUUGAUUACCAUAACGAACGUAGAAACCUGGUGGCAGGUGGAAAAACUAAUCUGGAACAAGCAAAAGACAUGUGGGUUCUAAAAUGGAAUAGAGAAUUAGCCAAAGUGGCCCAGGAAUAUGCAAAUAAAUGUACGAGGCGAAACAACCUUGGAUUACCGGUUUACAUUGGAGAAAACAUUGCUUGGUUUGGUUCUUCCGAAAAUUAUAUGGCUGACAUGAAGGAAUUGAUUGGAGGGUGGUACGAAGAAAUAAAUGAUUUUAAGCAAAACGGUUCUGGAGUUCAACACGUUACUCAGAUGAUUUGGGCAGAUACGAAAUACAUUGGCUGCGGAGUUAUUUUUUAUGACGAUGGUAAAAAUUCCAGAAAAAGGUAUCAGACCUUGUUGGUGUGCAAUUAUCAACCAGUUGGUGACAUAAACGAACAGCUACCGUACAAGAAGUUUGAUGAUAUAAGAUGCAGCAGAGGAGUACAAUCUGAGAUAUACACCAGCCUAUGCGCCCACGACGAGAAUCACGCCAAUGGAACAUAUCGUCCCCGAUGCAAUAAGAACUUAUUCCGUCACAACAAGAGCUUUAAGCUACGACCUACAGCAAUAUCAUUACUUAUUUUCUUGAUAUUAUCCUUAUAAUUUUAGGAUUUGUAUAAAUAAAUCUGUAAACAAAAUGA